UUGAGGCCGUGCUGCCGCCGGGGUCUCCGGCCUUGGGGCCUCUUAGCGGCCGCAAGAAGAGGCGGCUGGGGGCGGGGGGAGAGGGGCCGGGGCCCACGCUCCCCCAGCCCCGGAGGAGGCCGAGGCGGAGGGAAGGACAAACGGACGGACCCAUCCCAGCGGCCGGACACCCUCCUCCACACCACCCCCCUCACCCCGUCGUCCGCCGGGGAUCAUGGCCGGGGCUGGGGCAGCUGCCGCUGCGGCCAGGAGCGCCCUGCCGGCCGUAAGAAGAAAUUAUAUUAUAUAGACAGUCUCCUGGCAGAAGAUGAUACAUAUGGAUCAGAAACAGAAGUAAGAAGUUGGAAACCAGGAAUCCAAAGUGAAGAAAUUCUGUGAGCCUUUGGAUGAGAAAGGUCCUCCACUCUAUAACCAUGCCAGAGAUGACAGAAAAUGAAACUCCUACAAAGAAGCAGCACCGAAAGAAAAACCGGGAGACACACAAUGCAGUGGAGAGGCAUCGAAAGAAGAAAAUUAAUGCUGGAAUCAACCGAAUUGGAGAACUCGUCCCAUGUUCACCUGCACUGAAGCAGAGCAAGAAUAUGAUCCUGGAUCAAGCCUUUAAGUACAUAACAGAAUUAAAAAGGCAAAAUGAUGAGCUCUUACUCAAUGGAGGAAACCAUGAACAAGCUGAAGAAAUUAAAAAACUGCGGAAACAGCUGGAAGAAACCCAAAGGGAAAAUGGCCGAUACAUUGAAUUACUGAAAGCAAAUGACAUUUGCCUGUACGAUGACCCUACAAUCCACUGGAAAGGAAAUCUCAAAAAUGCAAAAGUCUCUGUUGUUAUUCCUAGCGACCAGAUUCAGAAGAACAUCAUCGUCUAUUCAAAUGGAAGUCAGCCUGGUGGAAACAACCAAGGGACGGCUGUUCAGGGAAUUACAUUUAAUGUUGGUCAUAAUUUACAAAAGCAGACAGCCAAUGUUGUGCCUGUACAAAGGACUUGCAAUCUGGUGACUCCUGUGUCCAUUUCUGGAGUUUAUACCCCUGAAAAUAAGCCAUGGCAUCAGACAACAGUUUCCUCCUUGGCUGCUAGCCAGUCUGUUCCUCUUUGUCUUCCUGCUACCAUUCCUGCUCAGAACAUUCUUGAAAUUUCCACCUCAGAAAGUGAGUCAAGUGUACUUAGUUCUAACAGCUCACAGAUUACCGUUCCAUCUGGGUCUGAACCCCACCAACAGAGUUCGUCAAAUAUGCCACUAAGUGGUCAGAAUGCUUCUGAAAGCAAAAAUGGACAAGAGAGCCCCAAGUUAGCCAAGAGACCUAUGUCCUGUGCUACCAGCAUUCCCCCCAGCACUUCUGUACUUUCCUUUCAAGUGCAACAUGGAAACAAAUCCUGUCUAAGCUUGCAGGAUUUUAGAAGUGAUGGUCAGGACAACUUUGUGGCACCAGUUGCUGAUACAGCUUGCUCCCAAUCUCUGAGACCUUCGGUCCCUAGGAAUUCCUCUCCAGUGAACAUUAGUAAGAACGCAGACUUAACAAGCAGUGCUGGUGUAGAGACACCUUCAGUAGCUUUAGCAGUCAAGGCUGCAACUGCUAUAAGCACAGUCUCUGCAAGCCAUUUAGACAGUGGUUGGUCUCUUUCUUGCUCUUUGCCUUCUUCAAGUGUUAGUGCUUCUGAUUUGAAAAACAUAAGCAGCCUUACUCGCAUCCCCUCAUCUGGAAACACACAAACAACAUGGACUACAUUGCAAUUGGCAGGAAACACUGUUCAGCCUUUAAGCCAGACGCCAUCUACUGUUGUGACCCCAAUACUAAACGAGCUGGGCACUGGUACCUCAGCUACCAACCACAAUAGACACAUGGCUACAUGUGUCUUGAAUGGCUUGAAUGGCUCAUUUCCUACAGAUGGGCAGCAGGUUGAGCAAGUAGUUGUGACUUUGCCUUCUUGUCCAUCUUUACCUAUGCAGCCACUAAUUGCUCAACCACCAAUUAAAACUCAGCCUCCCCCAAAUAUCCUUCCAUUUAAUUCAACAAUGCAAGUAAUUCAGAUGGCUCAGCCUGUUGGGUCAGCUGUUAAUGCAGGUCCAGCUAAUCAAAAUGUUAUCAUUCUUCAGCCACCUAAUACUACACCAUGCCCAGGAGUUAUGAGAGCAGAAGUUCCCAAUCAAACAGUUGGUCAACAGAUAGUGAUUAUACAGGCAGCUAAUCAGAAUCCUUUGCCGCUCCUCUCCGCUCCACCUCCUGGUUCUGUUCGUGUCUCUGUUAAUGGAGCCAAUCCUGUAGUAGUGUCUAAUAAUUCAGGGCAAAAUGUUUUGGCUCCACAAACAUUUGGAGGAAAACACCUCGUCCAUAUAUUACCGAGGCCUUCAUCAUCAUCAUCAUCUAAUUCUACACAAACUUUUUCUGUUACAAUGUCAAACCAACAGCAGCCUCAAACUAUUUCUUUAAAUGGACAGUUAUUUGCUUUGCAGCCUGUAAUGUCCUCAUCAGGAGCUACAAAUCAAACCCCUAUGCAAAUUAUUCAACCCACCACCAGCGAAGAUCCAAAUACCAACGUUGCCCUGAAUACAUUUGGUGCUUUGGCCAGCCUCAAUCAAAGCAUUUCGCAGAUGGCUGGGCAAAGCUGUGUACAGCUGGCUAUCAGCCAGCCUGCCAAUCCUCCACCUGCUACUAAUAGUAGGAUCACCCCAGUUAACUGUGUUUCAUUACCAACUACUGCAGCAUCGCUUUUAACUACUGAUAACACAACAGUACUACCCAAUACUGCUAAUCAAAUGAACACUUCUCCAGUGAAAGCUCUAGCUAGUUUGCCUUCUAAUGUGAAAUCAAAAAGAAUGAAUAAGAAGCCAGGCACCAAAAAACACGUAGCUAAUAAAUCAGCAUGCCCAGUGAAUCCUGUUAGGGAUUUGGGGAAAUUAGAUUGUGCCAACACAGAAGGAUCGGCUCAGCAGUCAUGUGCUGAUGGGCUGCUAGAAAGCCUACCUGUGGUGUUAACUCCUGCUGUUGAAUCUCAAGCAAAUAGUGUGACUGUUUCUGAUUCGCAUUCCUUUGAGGGUGUAAAUCCUGAGCCUGUAGUCUCAGAAUCUGAUUCAUUAGAGGUGUCCCAUUCACCCUCCCAGGAACCCAUAACAAGUGAACAUUUUGUAUUGGCUCCACCUGAUUCCAGAGAUUCUGUGUCCACUUUGCAAUCAGGGAGAUCUCACAGUAAGCCAACCACUAGUCCCGAGUUGUCAGACUCUUCCAAGUCCUGCAAUUCAUCUAGUAUCUUAAUUCCCUCUCCAAAUGAUCCACAUAUUUUGGUUUCUCAGGUUCCUGAGUCCUCAUCAACCCAAAGCAUGGCAAGUACCAGUGGUGCUUCAGAGGUGGAAAUUAUGGCUGAGCCAUGCAGACAAGAUUCAUCAGCUGCAGUGCAAGCCACGAGUUUAUUAAAGGGACAUGGUUUAACUGCAUUGCUCUCUGACCUUACUAAAGAAAAAGAGGGUCAGAAAACCCCUCUUUCAGCGCAAGUGGACCAUCCUAACUUUUCUUUAGAGAACUCAAAAAUUGUUGGAUCUAGUAUUGAUUUGCCUCAGAAACAGGAGCUAUUACUAAUAAAUGGUGAAAGUGGGAAUUUACCACAGCAUCAUUCCUGUAUUCCUGAUCAAGAGGCCAUUAAUAGUUCUUUGCUUGCCAGCAGGCAGACAGAUUCCCCCAUGUCAACGAGCUCUGGUAGUAGUCGUGGUUUCUCAGUUGCUUCCAUGCUUCCUGAUACCACUAGAGAAGAUGUCACCAACAGUACAUCAGCUAAUACAUGUGACAGCUGUACCUUUGCAGAACAAACUGAUAUAGUAGCACUUGCAGCAAGAGCUAUUUUUGAUCAAGAGAAUCUUGAGAAAGGAAGAGUUGGUGUCCAGGCUGAUAUCCAGGAAACAACUCCAAAGCCAUCUGAAACUUCAUCUUUAGAGGGAGACCAGUCUUUCAAAACCCAGACAGCAAAAGAGAGUACCACAGGACAGGUAGAAGCAACAGCAAAUGAAUUUAGUUCCCAGGACCCAGUUCAAGGAAAUGUGGAUAGGUCUCUUGAAAAACCAAGUUGUUCAGUAUCAGCUGAAACAUCAAAUACCUCUAUACAGGUUUCAACUUCUCAGUCACCAAGCAUUUCCAGUUUAAGUGUUAAUAAUCUUAUCCAUCAGAGCAGCAUCAGCCAUCCCCUAGUAAGCUGCUCAGAGCAACCAGCUAUUCCUGCAACAGGGAAUCUAUCAGUUUCGUCUAGUUCCUAUGCCAGUCAACCUCCUGAACCAUCGCUAAUGACUGAAUAUUCCCAAGACCAGCUAAAUACCAUGACUAAUAACAUACCAAAUUCACAAAUUCAAGAAUCACACUUAAAGUCAAGUCAUGAAAGUCGUAAAGAUCCUGCCAAGCGUCCUGUUCAAGAUGAUCUUUUACUUUCUACAGCCAAAAGGCAAAAACAUUGUCAGCCAGCACCCCUCAGACUCGAAAAUAUGUCCUUGAUGAGCCGGACACCUGACAGCAUUGCUGAUCAAACUCAAAUGAUGGUUGGUCAGAUCCCUCCUAACUCUUCCAACUCAGUGGUACCUGUUAGCAACCCAGGGCAUGUGGAUGACCUUUCUCAGUUAUUCCCACCCAGCAACAACUUUGUGACACCUGCUUUGAGACAACCUGAAGUUCAGUGUAAUUCACAGCCUGCAAUGACUGAGCAGCAACAAAGCCAGGCAGGAAGUCAACAUCUGCAGCCUUUGCAGCAGCAUGUACCUCCUGCUCAAGGCAUAUCUCACCUUCAUAAUAACCAUCCAUACUUAAAGCAGCAACAGCAAGCAGGACAAUUAAGAGAGAGACAUCACUUAUAUCAACUGCAGCAUCAUGUACCUCAUGCAGACAGCUCUAUUCAUUCACAGCCCCACAGUGUACAUCAGCAAAGGACUAUUCAGCAGGAAGUUCAAAUGCAAAAGAAGAGGAAUCUUGUCCAGGGAGCUCAAGCCCCUCAACUUUCCAUACAGCAGAAGCAUCAUGGAAGUGACCAGUCACGACCCAAAGGUGGGCAACCUCACCCCCACCAUCAGCAGAUGCAGCAACAGAUGCAACAGCAUUUUGGAGGUUCCCAAUCAGAAAAAAGCUGUGAGAACCCUUCAACAAGCCGGACCCACCAUAACCACCCCCAGAACCAUCUAAAUCAAGAUAUUAUGCACCAACAGCAGGAUGUUGGAAGUAGACAGCAAGGUUCAGGAGUUUCUUCUGAGCAUGUGACUGCACACAAUCCAAUGCAAAGACUUAUGCCACCUAGAGGUUUAGAGCAACAAAUGGUAUCCCAGCCAAGUAUAGUAACUAGGUCUUCCGAUAUGACCUGCACUCCACACAGGCCAGAAAGAAAUAGAGUUUCAAGUUAUUCUGCAGAGGCACUCAUUGGGAAAACAUCAUCUAAUUCAGAGCAGAGAAUGGGCAUAUCAAUUCAGGGCCCUAGGGUUUCAGAUCAACUGGAAAUGAGAAGUUACCUUGAUGUUCCAAGAAAUAAAGGUUUAGCUAUUCAUAAUAUGCAGAGUCGUGUAGAUCAUACUAUUACCUCAGAUGUUCGUCUUUCUGACUGUCAGACAUUUAAGCCAAGUGGAGCUAGCCAACAGCCCCAGAGCAAUUUUGAAGUACAGUCCUCAAGAAACAAUGAAAUAGGUAACCCUGUGUCAUCACUGAGAGGCAUGCAAUCACAGGCCUUUCGAAUUAGUCAAAAUAGUGGUCCACCUAUUGACCGGCAAAAAAGAUUACCUUAUCCACCAGUUCAGAGCCUUCCAGCUGGAAAUGCCAUUCCCCCAAGAGACAAUGAAAAUGCAUGUCAUCAGAGUUUCAUGCAGAGUUUGCUUGCCCCUCACCUUGGUGAUCAAGUCAUUGGAAGCCAACGAUCAAUCUCAGAACAUCAGAGGAAUACACAGUGUGGCCCAUCUUCUGCAAUUGAAUAUAACUGUCCCCCAGCCCAUGAGAGCAUCCAUAUUCGAAGAGAGAGUGAGACUCAGAAUAGAGAAAGCUGUGACAUGUCUUUGGGUGCUAUUAACACCAGGAACAGUACUUUGAAUAUCCCUUUUUCUAGCUCUUCUUCCUCAGGGGAUAUUCAGGGUCGAAACACAAGCCCCAAUGUUUCUGUACAAAAGUCUAAUCCCAUGAGAAUGACUGAAAGUCAUGGAACCAAGGGCCACAUGAACCCCCCAGUUACUACUAAUAUUCAUGGGGUAGCACGGCCAACUCUGCCUCAUCCAGCUGUAUCUCAUGGGAGUGCUGAUCAAGGACCUCCUUCAGUUCGUCAGCCUAAUUCUUCAGUUACCCAGCGAUCAAGACAUCCCCUACAGGACAGCAGUGGUGGCUCCAAAAUCCGUCAGCCUGAAAGGAAUCGUUCUGGAAACCAAAGACAUAACAAUGUCUUUGAUCCUAGUCUUCCCCAUCUCCCUCUGUCUACCAGUGGCAGUAUGAUUAUUGGACGUCAGCAGUCCUCUACAGAGAAGAGAGGCAGUAUUGUUCGUUUUAUGCCUGAUAGUCCACAGGUGUCUAAUGAUAGUACAGCCCCAGACCAACACACUUUGUCCCAAAAUUUUGGAUUCCCAUUUAUUCCAGAGGGUGGUAUGAAUCCACCAAUAAAUGGCAAUACUUCUUUCAUUCCACAGGUUACUCAGCCCAGUGCCACUAGGACCCCAGCACUCAUCCCAGUAGAUCCCCAGAAUACAUUGCCUUCCUUCUAUCCACCUUAUUCCCCUGCUCACCCUACACUGUCCAAUGAUAUUUCAAUCCCUUAUUUUUCCAAUCAGAUGUUCCCAAAUCCUAGCACAGAAAAGGUAAACAGUGGAGGUUUAAAUAACCGAUUUGGAACAAUAUUAUCUCCUCCCAGGCCUGUUGGAUUUGCUCAACCAAGUUUUCCUCUUCUCCCUGAUAUGCCACCAAUGCAUAUGACCAACUCUCACUUGUCCAAUUUUAACAUGACAUCUUUGUUUCCAGAGAUAGCCACUGCUCUUCCUGAUGGCUCAGCAAUGUCUCCUUUGCUUACAAUAGCAAAUUCCUCAACGUCUGACUCUUCCAAGCAGACCUCAAACAGACCUGCCCACAACAUAAGCCAUAUUCUAGGUCAUGAUUGCAGUUCAGCAGUCUAAACACUGAUAGAAACUAAAUGUGAUGGGUGAGAUUAUAUAUUUGUGUAUAUGUAUAUAUAUAUGUAUAUUUCAUGUUUGCAUGUUUGUAUAGUCCAUUUUCUGUUAUCCACAAUAGGGAAGCAACAGCAGAGAUAAUCCAAAAAAGAAAAGUGGCUUACUGAAAGAAAUUACACUUAAUUUUGAAAUGCACUAUGACUUUUCCCCUAGUGAAUUUCCCAAGUUUCAUUUAGGGUGCUUUGUAUUUCUUGGGUAGAAAUCAACUGGUGUUAGACAUAGGCUAGCCUUGUAUUGGGUGGUAAGCAAGAGGGAGCCCAGUGUUAAAACCUAUUUUUAUAGAUAAUCCAUAGAUAGUAAAAACAUUAUGGCUAGUGACCAAAUUCUGGCUAAUGUCCAUGAUGAAAGCAGAACAGUGAGUUGUGUUUAUUUAAUUCCUUCCUCCCUCUAUUCCCCCAGUAAUUGGCUUGCUUAAGAAAAGGUUUUUGCCUUGAUUUAUAAAGCUCCAGUAAAUUAAAAAUCAUUUGAAUUUCAUAAGUCUUGCAUUUCAAAACAGGGAGCCAAUUUCAGUAGACACUUUUUUAAUACGUUUAAUCCAGAAGUCAAAAGUGUUUAUUUAGGUAUUAUUAGCCUCACCAAUAGGAUAGACUUAGAGCUAGAAGAAACCUUAUAGAUCAUCUAAACCAACCCCCUCAUUCACACAAGAGGAAACUUAAGGCCCAUUAACUUUCCUGGAUAGAUUUUAAAAAAAUCCAUGUUUGAAUUUGCUAAUUGUUCUUCCUCCUUUUUGGAAAGUAGAGCUAUUCUGUAAAGGCAUAAAUAUCCCGUAAAUGCUUGAUUAAUUAGGCCCAUUCUAUUUAAACUAAUUUCCUUUGUAUUUGUUCAUCAUUAGUUCUUGUUAAUGAUAAUAUGUUGAAUUUCACAAGAUUGAGUUUUUCAUUUUUCAGUGGAGAAAUAUUUUCACAUUACAUAAUAAAUAGAGAGCCAGCCUUGAAGAUAGGAGGACCUGGAUUCAGGUCUUGCCUCUAACACAUACUGUGUGCAAGUCACUUAACCUCUCAAUGCUCUAGUCAAUUCUCUUAAGACUAUGAGUUGUUGAAGUUGUUGAAAAUUACUGAUCUGCAUCAGAAGAGGAAGUUACCUCAUCUAUUAGUACCUUAUAUGAUUAAAAUCAUGGGUCCAACUAGUUCUAUUGGUUCAUUGCCUACCCCUAUCCUUACUGAUUUGUCUAAAAAAAAGAUGUACUUCACAGUGGAACUAUACAGAAUUCACUUAUAGGAAUUUUCUAACUAUUCUUCCCUGCUGUGGAUAUUAAGGAGCUUAAUCCUCAUUUGGAAAGACCAUAAUCUUUAUAUUUGGGAGGAAAAUAUAUACACAUAUACAUACACAGGCCUAUAUACAGAAACUGGCUCAUUGACAGGUCUGCCUUCAUACAAAUCUGUAGGUGGAACCUGCUAAAGGGGUGAGAGAAAGCUUUUUAAAAAGGUUAUUGGAUAAAGAAAUGUCUAUUUCAGAAACCUAAUUUUAUAUAGUUAGUUAACAGGGAAAUGACCAUGUUCACUCAUAAUUUCCCUGGCCUUUUUAGUAGGUAUUUUACUGCCACAACAAAGUGAGUUGGUGAUGGUGAGUGGCUUGUGUUAAUUAUUCCUACUGCUGUGCUAAUGGGGUGAACUCAAAGGACCACAGCUUCUACAGCAUAAUUUUCCCCCCAGUGGUAGAAUCUCUAAAUAUUUGGUCAGGGCAGUUUACUCCUGUUAAUACCUCUUCUAAAGACUCUUUCAUCAGUAGGGUCAUUUGUGCCUCUUUAGCUGCUCUGGCCAAAUUCAAUUGCUUUGCGGCCCAGGAAAGCAGCCUCCUGGGCAUGGGGGAGGUUGUAGUUGUGAAGAUUAAAUGAGACAAUGUUUGUGAAGCUUUUUGUAAACUUAUAUAAAUGCAAGAUAUUAUUUUCCAUCCCCUCAAUUCUGUAUUUUCCUCAUAAUUUAGGGAUGGAGUAUUUACAAAUUAUUUAAGGGACAGUGGGUAGGUGGUGAAUAUAGUAAAUCAUAGCAGGAGGGAGGGCAAGACAUGUUUCCGAGCUCAUUUUCAGAUUUUAAUCUACAAAAUCAAACUUGUAUCAGCUCUCAUUUGCCAGUUAGAAAGUGAGCAGGUUUGGAAAUAUAGACCACACAUGAAUAUGCACUUCUGUAGAACCAUUUGUGACCAUUCAAAGCCUGGUAGCUAAGCAGAAUAGACAAGCUUAAGUAGGAACUAGUUAAGCUGCCUUUUUCUGAAAAGUCCUCAAAACCCAAAUGUUUCCCAAGUACCUUCUAAUGAACUUACUGCUUUAUUCUGCUCAGGUCUAACUAGAGAUAGUUAUUCAUUUGCAUUAUACUUACCUUUAGAUAUGUAGACGUUUUGAUUUUAGAAUGACCCUAAAUGAUACUCUAUUUUGUCAAGGCCCAUCCUUUCUCCUACUGUGUCAAAGAAGGUAUGGCUAUGAAUGGAGGGGAGGGAUUUUCCUUGCUAUGGGCUGUUAUAUUUAUGUGCUUACAUAUAUCUCAUUACUAAGGGGAACAUUCCAAAUGAGGCCUCAAAUAUAAAAGUAAAUUGUGUAUUUACCUUAUGUAUCAAUGUACAUGCUCUUAUUUGGAUUUGAAAACAUCAGUGCCUAUGGUGAUAUCCUAACAGUAUUAAAUAUGUGAUAUACAAAUCUUGGCAAUUGAUUCUAUAAUAAUGAGUGAUCUGGUAUUAGCUAAUCAUCUACUAAAGUUUUUGGGUAAAGAAAUAUGAGGAAUGGGUUAUUUUUGUGGAAGAAAUUUAAGCUCACAAUUGAUUUGCUAAUUCAGGGUUGGAGAUUGAAGCCAGUUCUGGAGAUGAUUUUAUAAUCUCCUGAUUGUUCAUGGUUAACUAACUCCAAGUCAGUGUAGUUGUCCAGGGAGAAUCAAUGACUAUCUUUUAAUUAGUGGAUUUGUGUGUGUGUGUGUGUGUGUGUGUGUGUGUCCAAUAUUGGUUUAGAAUUGGUUAUGGAAAAAGUAACAUUGAAACAUUUCAUUUCUCUUUAAGUAUAGCACUGUCAUUUAAUGAAAUGGAAGAUUCAGAUUUCUGUUUGUGUGUAAUUUUUAUGUAAUUGUCCAAGAUGAAAAUAUUCAUGUUUGAUACCAUCAUUGACUUUGUCACACAACAAGUUAAUAGAGGUGGAGGAAAGAUGCUCUUUCAUGAUGAUUAUGCUUUUUCAGUGAGUCUCUUUUCUUUUUUGUUGGGUGUUUUGGAAGAAUGAGACCUGUCCCUAUUUUUCAAAAUAAUGAGUGACAAGUCAGUGAUGGAUUUGCUUUGUAAAAUGUAACAUGCAUGAACUGUGAAAAAAGGAGAAUUGGAAGCUGGGGUUGGGGAAAGGCAGAACAUUCCUUUGCCAACAAAUCUCAGUCAUGUCACAGUGCUUAUGCUGAACUGGAACCAAAAUGAACCAUUUAAGUCAUCUUACUUGAAUAUACAAAACAUUUAUGCAUCUUAAGGGAAUUACUAUUUGUCUUUAAUAUUUUAACUACUUGCUUAUGCCUUCUUAGCUGUUUCUAUAAAGUGGGUGAGACUAGAACCCAACUUUAAAAAUGUGAUAAUAUAAUGGAUUUUGAGUGCAGUUUAAAACAUUGGCGAAAAUAGAAACUCUAAAAAUGUUUUUGCUCAUCUUUGCCCUUUCUGUCUUGACACAUGAGUACACAUACUUUUUUUUUGUUUUGUCACUCCAUGUCAAGUGGAUGGCAGUCAGUCAGCCUAGGCAUUCUUGUAGUAGAAUGAAAAUUUCCUUUGCCAUGAAAAGACCAUUGGCCUGAGUAGAAGGUGGUGUGCUAUAUUCCUAGAUCAGUGAUCCCCAAUCCCUGGUUUUAUUGACCCAGCUUGUCUACAGUUAUUUCAAAGGGCUGUCAAGGAAUUCUCAAAACCAAAUUAAAAUUGUUUUAAUUUUUUUUAAAGUGUUAUCUUGCACUAGAUUUGUUUUAGAGGUGGUGGAAUUGGGCAGGCAGAGGAAGGGAUAAGAAAAGUGGGGAAGUGAGGCCACAAAUUCAACAGGAACUUUUGAGUGCAACUCCAAAAGGUUGGGAAUUUCUUUUCCAGUUUAUUAAUUUACAACACAUGUAGAUCUUUGCCCCCAGUUGAAAUGCACUUAGGGCUCUGUACCCUCCAGAGGGCAACAGUGACAUCCAAUGGCCAGUUGAGACUACUGGAGUCAAUAUCUCCGAUGGGUCUCAUGACAUCCAUCAGAAAUAAAGGUUACAGCCCCCCCGAAGAUGUCUGUUUUGCUGAAUGUUGCUUUCUCUUUCCUGUUCCAAAAUUAAAAUACCACUUUACUUUUUGGGUACCUUCCUUUCUGUCUUCUAAACUUCUUAUGUGGACCCUGAAAGAAUACUGGUGUUUAUUUGCAGGUGAUUCCAAGCUUAGCCUAAGCCAAUCCAGUAAAAUUUACAGAAAGUGAAGAUCUUCCCAAGGAUACAAUGUCUAAUUCUGCACACUUCCUCCUGCGACAGUACUGCACUUUAACUGAAACUGUGCCUCUGGUCCUUAGACCUAUUGUUAGAACAUAUCACCCACCCAAUCGUUAAAAAAAAAAAAAGCAAAGGAACAGCCAGAGUGGUAUCUACCAUAUCACUGAAUGCUUUUCCCUCAGAAGUCCAGCUCUUGUUUCUCACUGUUGCCUUAUCUUACUGAGCCAUCUUUGAUACUGAUCUUGUCAGAAACAGUUAAUGGUAGCAAAACUUUAAACUGAGAGCUUGUUUGUGAUGGCAUUUCAGAUUAUUGACUCUAGGUUUAAGUGAAACCCAUCAACAUUGAUCUUUCUCUUUCUGUGGCCCAUAGACCCUGUGUAAAGAAGGUAGGAGUGGUCAGACACAUCUUAUCCAACGACUCAACCUUUUUUUUAAAAAUGAAUUUUAAAAUAUGGAAAUGUCAUUUUUGGAUUACUGCAUAACAUGUAAUGUAUCAUUGUAAAUGAUGUGAUCCUACAAAUGGAGAAUUUGGAGGGUGUAUCUCCAUUUACAUUUUUCACACAUACUCCAAAACAGGUGGCCUUUAUUUUGUAGAUCCUUUUGUUCUGUACAACUGGACACUUUUUGACUGUGUCCUAGAAACUUGAAGUUUUCGCUAUUUGGCUUUUGAAGAUCCCAUUGUUUCCUCAAGUCUUAGAAGUCAUUUUUCAUAUGUGGGGUCAUUAAGGCACUGGACUGUGCUAUGGUGAAUUGUCUUUAGGGGAAGUUGAAUUACUUCUUUUCCAAGUAGGAUGGGACCAUACAGUGUUGUUUAAGAUGCUGCUGCUGUUUUAGUGUGAAGGAGAAUGGCUUGGCUUCCACUUUUCGCACAUAAGAUGUUUCACUUUGGUAACAGGGUGGAGGACAGUGAGGUAGAAAUAACAGUUACCUUCACAGAUUUUUACAUAUGCUGCCUGAGAAGAUUAAUACGUGGCAGUCACCAAGAGAAAUUAAAUGCAUUUCUUUCAAUAGUGUAAUUAUUUGUAUCUAUACUAAGCCAGCAGGAUCUGCUGUGCAACGUGUCCUAUAACUGUAAAUUACCUGGUUUAUAAUUCUGAUGGAAAUUCUAGUUUCCUUUUUGUAAUGGAAUUCAGAACAGAAAUGUAUCAUAUGAUCAGGAACAUCAUACAGUUGUAAAUAAGAUUGUGUCCUGUUUAUUUUGACAUCUUUUUAUAGAUACAUUGCAUUAGGGUGUGAAUAUUCUAAACCAUGCUCUUGUUUAAAGUUUUGAAAUUUUUAUUGUUAAAUGUAACACUUUAAUGGUUGUAAUAAUUAUUUGUAUAGAUAUGAAUAUAAUAUUUUAUUUAAGAAAAUAAACAUUGCAUUUUUGCAUUGUAAA